GCACACGUGAUGAGAUCAAAGGCCUUACAGCAGAGGGCUGAGGGAGGAAUCCAAAGUUUGUUACAUUAACAGAGUUCACAGACGGUUAAGGACGGUUCUUAAGGACUGCACAGAGUCUGAGGAUUCAACAUGCCACCUGCGGCAGCAACUAAUCUAGGCUACAAGCCACCAGAUGGAGGCUGGGGAUGGGCUGUCGUCUUUGCCGCUUUCAUCUCAAUAGGAUUCUCUUAUGCCUUUCCCAAGUCCCUCACCAUCUAUUUCAAGGAAAUUCAGGAAUAUUUUUCAGUUUCUUACAGUGAGAUUGCCUGGGUGUCCUCGGUCAUGCUGGCUUCUAUGUAUGCAGGAGGUCCUGUCAGCAGUAUGCUUGUAAACCGGUAUGGAAGUAGACCUGUGGUCAUGGUCGGUGGGCUCAUGGUGUGCACUGGUAUGGUGCUCGCUUCUUUUGGAACCACCAUAAUCCAUCUGUAUCUCUGUGUCGGAGUAAUUGGAGGUUUCGGUCUCGCCUUCAACCUGCAGCCAGCCCUGACAAUCAUCGGCACUUACUUUCAGGUCAAAAGGCCACUCGCAAAUGGACUCGCUAUGACAGGAAGUCCAGUCGUUCUUUCCACUCUAGCCCCCCUCAAUCAGUUCCUCUUUGAUUCCUUUGGUUGGAGAGGGAGUUUCCUCGUCCUGGGCUCCAUUGUUCUGAACUGCUGCGUGGCCGGCGCACUGAUGAGGCCGGUUAAUAAAAAAGCGCAAUCCCAGCCCGAUAAUGAAUCACCAAUGAGCAGGGGGAAAGCCUCUGUAGAAGCUGCUUCUGAAGACUUCAGCUCUCCAUCAGCUAACCCUCUGGCUGAAGACAUUAAAAACAAGAGCAAAUGUCAGAGCUUUGUUUCCAGAUAUAUAGAUCUCUCCCUUUUCACGCACAGAGGCUUUCUCAUUUAUCUUGUCGGUAAUGUUGUCAUGUUUUUUGGCUUUUUCGCUCCUAUUGUGUUUCUGGCUCCUUAUGCAAAACAUCAAGGGACUGAUGAGUAUUCAGCAGCUUUACUGCUCUCUAUUUUUGCUCUGGUGGAUAUGUUUAUCAGACCAGUUACUGGAUUCAUAGGCAACAGCAAGUGGAUUAGACCGAGAAUACAAUAUUUUUUCAGUUUUGCAGUUUCAUACAAUGGUGUGUGCCACCUGUUGUGUCCACUGGCAUCAGGAUAUGGGGGUCUGGUUGUGUAUGCGGUCUUCUUUGGUCUAGCAUUUGGAAUGCUCUGUGCACUACUUUUUGAAGUUCUGAUGGACCUUGUCGGAGCUCAUCGCUUCUCCAGCGCAGUCGGACUCGUCACCAUUAUCGAGUGUGGACCAGUGCUUCUUGGACCCCCCAUUUCAGGGGCUCUGGUUGAUACAUUCGGGGACUACAAAUACAUGUACUAUGCAUGUGGUGUGUUCAUGCUGGGACCAGGGAUUUUUUUAUUCAUCAUGCAUUACUACAACUACAAGAAGCUGGAUGAGGAGCACAGGCAGAGAGUUACCGUGGAGAUGAGGACUUCUGAAGAGGCAGUGGAAUUUAAAAUGAACCCGAAUGAGAAAACAGACAAUGAAACACAAGGAGAAACUUUCUAAUUAGUUUAGUUUAUAAUUAGUUUCUUUCCUUAAUAAGGCUAUGUGUCUGAAAAGAAUAACUACUGUAUUUCUAGAACAAUAAGUCACACUGUUUUUCAUAGUUUGGCCGAUCCUGUGAUUUAUAGUCCAAUGUGAUUUAUAUAUGUUUUUUUCCUCUUUAUGAUGCAUUUUCUGACUGAUGCGACUUAUAUUCCGGAGCGACUUAUGGUCCGAAAAAUACGGUCUGGUACGUGUGUUAGAUCUUCUUAAUCCUUGGAAUUGCAAUUCAUAUUUUGUGUUUUCCUAUGUUUUAUUUUAUUCAGUGAGUUUUUAAAAAAAAUGUAAAGACUGAGCUUUUUUCCCAUUUUGCCACAUUAAAACCAUAACUUUGUUGUAUUUUGUUGUAGUUUUAUGUGAUGGACAAGAAAAGGAUAGAGCGCAGCGGCUCUCUGUCGGAAAGAAAAGGAUUUAUGGUUUACAUGUAGGGCCUCAGUUUGGAUGGAGAGCAUCUGAGAACUUAUAUUUUCAAGUAUUACAUCAGAUUGUCGAUUGAAUAUAGCUCUGGAUUGUGACAAGGUCCUUUUCAGACUAUAUCUAUACUGCAGCUCUGGCUGUAUCUUUAAGGCCUGUCUUCUGCUGGUCUUUUGCUCUGUGUUUAACCUAAUCCAUCUUCCCAUCAAGAACAAGAAGAAUCCCCACAGCAUGAUGCUGCCACCAUCACGUUUCACCUUAGAAUCAAGAAUCUUUCAUUGUCACCGUGUGUCACCGUGGUGAAAUCCUUUUUUCUGGGACUCCGGCUUAGGGAACACAAUUACCGGUUUAGGGACAGCGUGUUCAGAGUGGCGUGUCUUAGUUUUGCACCAACGUGUUCUAUGCUGGUCUUGUCUGACCGGAGCGCCAUCUUCACAUUUGCUCUGCCUUCUAGAUUGCUUGUUGCAAACUACAAAUGAAACUUGUGGCAUUCUUUUUGAGAAUAAUUGUAUACGUGUCACUCUUCUCCAAAGGCUACAUACUGUAUGUUUAAUGCAUGACUAAAUGUUGAUUUGACAACAUGUUAUCCCACUCCAGCCACAGUUCUCUGCAACUUAUUGAGAGUUAUCAUGGGCCACUUGGCUGCUAAUUAUUUUUCUCAUUUUCCUUGCCUUCAUUUUUUAGGUUGACAGCCAUAUUGUUCAAUUAAAUAUUUAAAGCCAUUGGUAUUAUUUUAAUACCAAACCAUUCCAGUACAUAACACCUGAUCUAUCUUGUGCGUUCCUUGGUCAUAAUGAUGCCACUUGUUGAACAAUGUUCACUAACAAAUGCUCUGAGGCUGUCACAGGAUAGGCUUUUCAAUGCUAAUCAUUGAAUUACACACAGCUGCUAUUUGCUAAUUAAGUGACUUGUGAAACUGCUUACAAUGUUUUUUCAUUUAGGGUUGUUGUGCGAAAGGGGCUAUAAGAAAUGCAUGCCGCACUUUUCCAAAUUGCAUUUCUCAAAAAGUUUGAAAACCUUUAGCAUUUUUGUUUCACUUGCCAUUUAUGUACCACUUGGUCUUGUUCUCUGACAUACAAUUUUAAUA